AUGCGCGACGCUGACUGCUGGUCUAAUCACCACCUCAUCAUCUCCAAACUCAACCUCCAUAUUCAGUCGAAGAGAAGGCCCCAAGGGCAGAAGGUCACCAAUCGAGUGAAUGUGACAAAACUGAAAAACACUGAGACUGUAAAUGAUCUUCAGUCAGUUAUGAACAGAAACCUUUCCAACCUCCCCACCCCCUCUAAUGACAUUGAAGAAGCGUUGGCCUCCUUUAGGGACACGGCCCACUCUACUGCCCUCGAAGUCCUCGGUCUGACCACCAGAAACCACCAGACGCCCGUAAUCCAUGUACUACUGGAGGAAAAGCGCCGCCUACUUCGGGCCAACCAUAGCGACCCCUCCUGCCCAGCGGAAAAGGCUGUCUUCACCAACCUGCGCAGCCAGAUACAGACAAAGCUCCGCUCUUUGCAGGACACCUGGAACAGUGCCAAAGCAGACGAGACUCAGGGCUAUGCAGACCGGCAUGAAACCAAGCGGUUUUACACUGCCCUUAACGCUGUCUACGUACGGACCUCAACCCUGCGGGUCUUGCCCCGUCCUUGGACCUGA